AUGCAUAAUUUCAAGAUCGCCCUUACUGUCUGCGUGGUGUGUUUUAUAACGUCGGCAUGGAGCGUCGGACUGAACAGUGAUCAAUUAAAUCGGUUGAACAACCUGUUUGAAAAUCACAAAACGUCUACCGGCGGAGUUAGCGAGAAGCAAAUCGCUGGCGUCGUAAAGGAAACCUUUGGAAUAGAAUGGGAACAAAUUCUAGAUGAUUUUAGUUACGUGUCAGAUGAACCCGAUUCUACAAAUUUGUAUUUCUUAUUGACAACCUUGGCGCAACAAGAGAAUAAAAAAUCCGACGACAUUGAGGUUAAAUGGCUUACGCCUUUUGAAGUAGACUUUUUCCUGAAGGAGUUCGAUACAUGCGUUGAAUCUCAUGAUCAACCGGAAUAUCUUACUCUUGAACAGCUCUCGGAAACAUUCAAAUAUUGGAAAACAAUACAUUUUGCAUUGGACCAAAAAUUUAAAAAACUUAAAACCGGAAACGGCGACAACUCUAAACAAGACAACCAUAUAGUUAACGCAGCUGAAUUCUUAUUAAUCAUGUUGGAAAUGAAACCAGAUGGCCGUGGUCUGACUCUAGCACAGAUAGGUAAGUUUGCUGAUUUAUACGAAACACACAAGAGAGCAGCUGUUGGCAUUAAUCCUUUUGCAAGUAGAAAAGUGUUCGAAGAGCUUGGCAUAACCAUAAACAGCGAAUUACAGUUGUUAUUUGAAUCCGCCCAACCCGCUGGAAUAUUGUUGAUUGAAUUAAUCCUCGCUGCGGCAGAACUCAACAAGGAUGUCGGUGAGGAAUCACCGGUAUUAAGUCUAUGCGAGGUCGUAACUGCCAUACGAGAAUUCGUUGGUCUCGACCUUUCCAACGACGGUGUACUGAUGCCUAAGGAGUAUGCCAACUACGUGGAAAAGGCAAAACAAAUUUUGAUACGGUCGACAAACCCUACUGAAAAUGCUCGACGUUAUUUAAUGAAAUUCGAUGGUAUUAAUAACAGAAACGUAGCGGAUUACAUGCAAGUUGUAUUUUUCAUUGUAGAACAUACCAAACACUGUCCCUAUGACGCUAAACAUUAGCUCCGUUGAAGAUAGAACUUACAAGCUUUAAUAACAUUAAUCGGGCAUGUUUAACGAGCAUA